UGGGUGGUUCAGCGAGACUUGACAUUGUACGGCUCAGCGACACGGGCCCCCUACCUCCCGAAGACGGAUGGGCAGGAGCCUGGAGUUUGGCUGGAACAUCGACCCUUCUCCCAAACCAGCAUCAUGUCCUCUCACAGCGAGCCACCAGAGGACUACGCAGUGUACUUUCCCCAUCCUGUGCACCCCCUCGAAAUAUCUUUGGAGGUUGAUAAGAACAGCAGCAGGCAUCUCUCAAAGUUAGUCGAGGUUGUGAUCAACAAACAACUUGGACCGGAAGUUGAUCCCGAGGCUUACACAUUGUUCAAGCCCCCUGGAUUGUCGCUGGAACCCGGCGAGACGUUACUCGAUCGCAGCCGCCAAUGGCUUCGCGAAUACCACGAUAGUCGGGAUUUCAAAAUCCGGCCAACCGCCAAAGUGAGGAACGCUUUCCCUGAAGGACCGAGUCAGGAUGAUGUCGUCGACAUCCUCGUCGUCACACCAGAGACCCUUGAAAGUCUGGACGACGUGGGAGCCCUUGCCGCUAGCCACAGGAAGGUCAUUCGAGAACGCGAGAAGGAGGCCAAGAACGUCCGCACAUCGUUACCUAGGCCGUCGGAAGGAAUUACUACACAUGUGCAGAAGCUCUUCAACGAAUGCGGCGACCGUUUUCAUGCAGGACGACCACACGACAAUUACGGUCCCCCAGUUGCCUUGUUCCACCCUACGUUGGGCCUGCUCGCAUACCGCCUUCGCCAUCUCGGCUCUGCGCUCCCCGAGGGCGAACCCAAUUAUCUAGAACUAGGAAAGGUCCAUUCCUUUAUGGCACUAGCUUUGAAUUGCUACGACGUCGGAGAAGACCGUAUCCUGGCCAUUGGGAGUCUCCUCGAAGAUCUCCUUGCCUGCACACUCAGCUGGGACGUGCCCAUCAGCGAUAUUCGCCCCAACAUAGCCAUGGGCGGCUCGAAACCAUUCGGCUUCGUAGAAGUCAAAAACGAGGAUGGAUUGCAUGGGGAUGCCUUUCUGCAAGCAAGCCUUGAUUACGCCAGGGUGGUGACAGAUGAUAAAAACGAGCUGAUACGGCAGCGACGACGUCGGUCCAACUAUCCAGUCAUCCUGAUCAGCAUCAGGGGCGAUCUUCUCGAGAUCGGGAUCGCCGUGUAUACCGAUGGACCCUACAUUGACCGCCUCUUCUCCGAGCGGUUGCGUCUGGACUUCUACCGGAACAAUAACGUACUCCGUGUCGCACGAGCCUUCAAGGCUGUGCAGCUUGCUACUGGCGAGCUUACCGAAUUCUACGCGCGACUCGACGCUGCACCUCCCUCCAGCAGCAUCACACAUCUGUUUCCGUCACCCGUCCCGGUCCCCUCCUGCAAGGACAGCAUGCCGUCCUUGACCUUCACGAAUCGGAUGUCUCGCGCCGGGGAGCUCUAUCUUAUGGCGAGGUCAUCAGAUCAGCGGUGUUCGCCCAUCUACUUCGCCACCAUGCCCAAAUCGACUGGAGCUGGUGACACUCCGGACGGCGAAGUCGAGGUCAUCGUCAAGUUCACCGCAAGGUACAAUGCUGAGGCACACCGCAUCCUCGCCGCGGCCGGAUUGGCGCCUACUCUGCACGCUAUUAUCCCCGUCUGUGAUCGCAUCUUCAUGGUCGUCAUGGAUCGGGUUGAAGGCGAGACGGCGUGGUCGUUCGAGCAGAGAAACGAACUCCUCCCGCACAGUGUCUACGCCGACGUCAAGACCGCCGUCGACCUGCUCCACGAACACGACCUCGUGUUUGGCGAUCUCCGGGCUCCCAACAUUAUGUGUGUUCGCAGGUCCGGUGGUGCUGGGUCCGACGAACACUGGAGUGCCAUGCUGAUUGACUUUGACUGGGCCGGGACUCACAGCAGUGCAUCAUACCCAGCAAUCAUGAACGACCAGCUAUCGGAUUGGAUCCCCACCAUGCGGCGACUAGGAUUGAUGCGGAAGGAGCACGAUCUCGGCAUGCUUGAACGGUUCAAGUUACUGUGCCAACCGACCGUUGCAUGAUCGUUUUCACUGGAACGGAUUCGGUGUAGGGCGUAGGAGUACUCCCAAGGGAGAACACCGUGUAUUACGCUCGAACCUGCAAUAC